AAAAAAAUACUUAGUCCCUAUUUUCAACGUACUUGUGGUUUCAGAAAAUAAAACGACAGCUAAAAAACUUUGUUGAUAUCAUUCACUUGCAUUACAACAACGUAUAAUUGAGACUGUACAUUGUCUGCAUUUCGAUCCCGCUGGUGUAAACCACCUCUUUCCAGCCGAAGUGGUAUCGCCCUCAAACUAGCCGAGGAUGCCAAAUAUUUGACAAACUAGCAAUCGUCGGCUAGCUAGCAAGAAUUUAGAGAGAUUCGUCGAUAUAAAAUACAUCUCCUCUAGACUUAAGCAUCUCAAGUUUAUGCCAAGGAUUUAAGUUUCUGUGUGGGCAGGAUGUCAACUCCAGCAAGACGGCGUUUAAUGAGAGAUUUUAAACGGUAAGCGACAAGAAAACAACAGAGGCAGCUACAGCUAACUUUAGCAUUCGCCGCUAGCUUGUUAGCCUCAGUUCUAGGCUAAAUAUUCACCAUCCAAGAAAUACUCAAACACAAAAAUAUCUACUGGAUUAUUGGCCUGCUGUUUUUUUAAUGUUGUGAUAGAAUUUGGUGGAAUUCUGGCUGUAUUGGUCCUAUCAAUUUCAAGAUCGGCACAUUUACAGGUAACGAUCUUUGUUAACGUUACUUGUUGGUUAGGUAACACCGGCAUUAACAUAGCUGUCUGGAGCUGAAAUGAAGGUCUUUUGCAAGAGCUCUCUGGCUUUGGAAGAUGUAGAUGAUAGCUGACUGAUAUUAUGAUCGUAACACGAACAGUUCAUUGGGUCUCACUGGAACCUUCCUACUGUUAUUGUCUCUGUGCUGAAUCCGGAACCCAUCAUUUAGGAUACAACAGUCCAUCGACCAGAUGGUCCUCAAAGAUAUAUGACACGAUUGGGAUGAUACAGACUGUCCAAAUGCGCACUGAUCAAGGGAUCUCCUAUUUAUGGACGGUGAUAGAUCACGGUCUCAGCCUAAGGAUAAGUAACCAUCUGCCGUGCAGUCGCUGAAAACCAACAGAUACUCAGCAACAGUCGGUUCUGACACAUGGUUACUUAUCCCUCAUCUACAGUAAAAUCUAAUGCAACAGUGCUGAUGUCCACAAAGGCCAAGGCCUCAGUCUGGUUGGCACAUGGUCAAAAUCAUCAUCAUCAUCAUCAUCACCUCGUUUUUUCACAAUGGGUUAAUGCAGUGGUUCUCAACUGGUGUCACUCUGGGACCCACAUUUCCCCAUGGUCCUGAAGUCUCGACCCACUUUUACAAAAUGAAAAAUAAAAAUAAAAAACUGUAAAGACUCAGAUCUUUAACAUUAAUACACCGUCCUUAUUGAGUAAAGUGCAUUUCAGAGCACAUUAACUGAGGACGACUACUGAAGUUGCUUAUACAGAAAAUAUCAAAUUGCACAAAAUGGAGACCAGCAAAAUGAAAAAUUUGACUUUUAUGCAUCUCUGCAUUCAAAGCAUAUCCAGAAGAACCUGAGGAGGACCAUUCAACAGCAUGGACAAACUGGAAUAAAUACUAAAUUGCACUAAAUAAAGACUGAAAAAAAAAAAAAUACAAACGUAUUUUUACUGCAUUCAGGCCACAUUAACAAGAUAACAUAUGCCUUUCAAAAUCAGCUAUUUUUCAAAAUGAAGGACAUGUCAAACAUCAGAUUAGAUCAGCAUUAAAUAUUUACUUUUUUGACCAGCUGUUCGCGACCCAUCCAUAACAUAUCUGCGACCCACUUUUGGGUUAAUGGAUAAAACUUCAGUAUGCAUUCAUCAGAAAUGUGGUUGUGAUAACUUAGUAGGUAAAAAACAUAACUUGUUCUCACUGUGGGAGAAAAUUCAAACUAAUUUAGCACUUAACGGCAAUACCACAAUAUGAAUUUUGCAAGUAUACCUGGCAAAAGAAAAAACACAGAAAAGAAAUACAAUUAAAGUUUGUAUUUGAUUCAAGUGCUGCGUGGUCGUAAUUCCUGGCCAGAGUCCUUCGUAGCAUACAGUUUGAGCCUAAUAGACAGUCUAACAGAGUCUGAAGUCCCCCUCACCCUCCUCCUGUGUUAGGGUCUAGACUGACCUGUUUUGUUUUUAAAUGCUUAAAAGAACCACAUAAAUUAGGUUUUUCGCAUCAAGACUUUUUGACUUUGUCAGGAACCUCUAUUUCAACUAAUUAAAAUUUUUUGAAAAUUAAUUAACUAAAUUUUAAAACGCUCUUAUUAAAAUGAUGGCACUUGUCGUGUUAGGGUCGCUGUUGACCCGGUUAGAUCCAAAUCUAAUACUUAGAGCAAAAACUAAAAUCAUAUGUGCACUGCCAGGCACUACACUGACAAUCAGAUCCUCUUCCAAUCGUAUUAGAUUUAGAAAAUUUACAUUUUGCCUGUUUUCCCUGCACAAAAAAACAAAGUCCAUCAUGUGCAGACAUGUGAGAUCAAUUCAGUAUAGAUGUCUGUGUGAGUAUGUAUACUGGUAAAGAAAGGCCCAGAGGCCCACAACAAUUAUAUGCAAUAUUUUCAUGGGUAAUAAAGAGUAACAAGUUAACCGAGAGAUGAGAACAACAUUGGAUGAUAGAGAAUUGUUUUUAGUGUAAUUUACAGCUGAUUUAAGACACGGGUCGAAACUGACCCCUAACAUAGUGGGUGCAUAGCAAAAACUAACACAGGAGGAAGGUUAAGUGUGUCUAAAUGGUGCUUUUGGUAUGAAGUUUAACUCUUAAAUGGUUAUCAGCUACCUACCCAGGGGACCUAUGUCAGGCAAUACAUUUUUCUAAAGUUUCUGUAUUAUUAAGUCUUACAUAAGCCAUAUUUUGUGAUCUGACUCGUUCUUUUGUGUAGGCUCCAAGAAGAUCCUCCAGCUGGUGUUAGUGGUGCCCCAUCAGAAAAUAAUAUCAUGGUAUGGAAUGCUGUCAUUUUUGGGUAAGUCAAGCUGAUUUGUCAAUCAUUAGAUUAAAAAAGAGGAUGGAGAUUUUUAUACAUGUACAUGUUAGCCAUUUUCUGUGAACAUUCACUGUUUUUCAUUGACUAUAAUAAAUGAUAAAGUCAUGACAAGGUUAAGGAGUGUGAAAUUUUAGAGCUUCUGUAAAUUCAUUCAGAACAUGUUACCUUUUUUACAGACCUGAGGGAACACCUUUUGAAGAUGGUGAGUUUUUUCUUCUAACUCCUGACAUAAUAAUUUAUCUCUAGCCCUGCAAUGACAUGUUUCCUGUCACAAUGAUGAUUUAGUCAAUUUACAUCAGUGCUUUGAAAGUUUUUCUUUUUCUCAACAGUAAACAACUCUUGAGAUCUCAUGAAUGGAUAGAGUGGAAUAUAUAAUUUCUUAAGUUAACUAUCUUUUCUGCACUGAGCUUAAAAUAAUGUUUUAAGUGUCAUAGAGGGCAAACCUGUGAGUUUGACCAGUUUGUACAUGCUCUGUACAUAUUACUUCAUGAUCACAAAGAAGUGUCUGGAUUUUGUGUGUCAUAUUAACUUCACUAAAUUAACCAGGAAGGCCCUAAAACAAAUUAAUACAGACUAAUAUCUUUUGAGUUGCUGUCUGACAUACAAUAUUUUCAGUCAUUGUUUUUCAAUUCAUACUUUGAAAUUACUUCCUUCGUCUAGGGACCUUCAAACUUACCAUUGAAUUCACAGAGGAAUAUCCCAAUAAACCUCCAACAGUGCGAUUUGUCUCCAAAAUGUUUCAUCCAAACGGUAUGUACUACAUAAUCUGUUGAGAGGUUUGCCUAAAAUACAAAUUGCAUCAAUUAAAAGAUUCUUAAAUCUUUAAUUUCAUGCCUAGAGUUGUUGAGUCAUCAGUUAAUUUAAAAAGCACCACAGCAUCAUGUCAUAUCAUCUUUGCUUGUUUGCAGUGUAUGCAGAUGGCAGCAUAUGCUUAGAUAUUCUUCAGAAUCGUUGGAGUCCAACCUAUGAUGUCUCUUCUAUCUUAACUUCAAUACAGGUAACCCAGCAUCAUUCUAUGCAUGUCAACACAAACUAGAAUUUAUUUAAAGACAAGAUUCUGUCAAAUUUACUGGCAAAGAUAAAUCACACCCAUAAAUUUUGGCAGACGGGCAAUGUCCACCUGUAAUCACAGCUGUUACGUCAUAUUUUUUUAUUACAAAUCUAAUUAACUGUCUUUCUGAUUUGUAUAUUUAAAGUCUUUACUGGAUGAGCCAAACCCAAACAGUCCAGCCAACAGCCAAGCAGCCCAGCUGUACCAGGAAAACAAGCGGGAGUACGAGAAGAGGGUUUCUGCUAUUGUUGAACAGAGUUGGCGUGACUGUUGACCCCUGUCAUGGUUCCAGUAUGAACAGUGUCCAGCCCAAAAUCAAGAAACCACCGAUCAAGAAAAGAACAAAUGAUCUCACAACAUAAAAUGACACAACUUAAAAUCUUUCUCAGUAUAUUUGUCCCAUAACUGUUGCUAAGUUUGUAUGCUGUUGUGUUGUGGCGGUCAUUCCUGCCAAAUGCUAUUGUUGGGCAAUAGCGGAUGUUUGUUGAAAGUUAAUGUACCUUGUUAUACCUGGGUUACUUGCUAAAUGCCACAACUUUUCUUCAAAAAGGCAGUAGUCUCUCUUUUUUAUCAUUUUCACUCAAACAUAAAUCAUGAAGUUUGGUAAUACAGUGACAAUUAGAUUUGUUUGCUGUGUGGUUUGCUGUGUAGAUACCAACAGUUCAUAUCUUAAGACAAAGAUUGUUUUCAGUUUUAGUGGCCUCACUCCUUUUGGUUUUCUUUCUGCCUUUUUAAAGCCUCCUUGAGGGAUAAAGACAUAGUCUGACAUAAAUGUCCAUUCCUCUGACAAGUUGUGAACUCAGAUGCUUUUGGGGGUCAUAUUUCUCCGCAGAUGAACCUAGAAAUCCAUGCCUGUGUUUUUCAAAAUGUUCCUUAUUCUGGUGAAAAUUUAUGAAUGGACCCUUUUCAAGACUGAAAUAACACAUGGCUCCCUUUCUUGGCACUUCAUAGUUUCACUCUGAUGACAUUCAAAAGCUGUGUGAGAGUAUUUCUAUGCUAUUUUACAAUCUUUUAAACCAGCCCUCAUAAUAGGCUGAUUUAACUGUUCAAACAGGAUGGUGUCUGUUUUCAGAUUUAAAAAAAAAAUUGCACUGGUAACCCAUGUAACAAACUGUACAUUUUCUUGUAAAUAAAAUAAAUAUACAGAAGU